CACAAAUGACGUUACGAAGAAGAGUAACGUCACGACAAUGUCGUGAAAAUGCUGUCAUCAAUAACGCCAAGCUGAAAACAGCAUUUGGCGUUUGAUUGUGCUCUUAUGUUUAUAGAUAGUACGUGUACAGCUUUAAAUGCAAGGUCUCGGCUCACGGCGAAGGUUGGAAUGGAAGCUAUGGACGAUGACAGCUCGGACGUAAAAGAUGACCACAAUCAUAACUAUUGUGCAGGCAGCAGCAGUGGAGUCCAGACCUGUUCAAGCAACCAACUAUGCGACGUAACGACGCUCCACCAGCCUAUCUGCUUAGCGGUACCGGGAAGAGAAGUGGAGCCAGCUCGGAGGAGUUUACGAUGCCGAUGCGCGUCUGGUUCCGAGUUCAUGGACUCUGACUCAGGCAGCGAGUGCACCGACGCCGGUGACGAGACCGAAUGCGCGACGCCGGCGGCCGCCUCUGCCCAAGACAAAUUUACUCUCGACUCGUCUUCAAAGUUCCUUCUAAAUGCCAUGGCUGUGGAGGACUACCGUAACAACCACUGGCCAAACCUGGAGAAGGCUAUUGAGCGCCUGCUCAUACACAAUCCCACGGACCACAUCUCUGUUUCAUAUGCUCAGAUAUACAGUUAUGUCUACAAGUGUGUUUGCCAGCAACACUCUGAGCUGCUCUACAAUGACCUGAAAUCCAAAAUAGCAAAUCAUCUACAGCGGGUAUCCACUGAUCUGAACGCCAUCCCGCUUGAAAACCUGAUUGAAAGCUUUAACACAGCCCUGACACAAUACAUUGCCUCUCUUCAGUGUAUUGUUCCAGUAUUUAUGUAUUUGAACAAGUUCUACAUCGUAUCAAAGCUGAACCGCGACCUGAGACAAGAUCUGAUGAACCUGUUUGCUGAUCAUGUCGCAGAGAAAUAUGUCAACACACUCAUGCCUCUUCUCGUCAAAGCUCACGCAGUGCCCUUUGUAGUCCAGCCGUCAACCAUGGCCAGUGUGGUCAAAGGCCUCCACAGCCUCCGACCAGAGUGGGCCCAAUUGGCACCUGCUCUCUUCUCUAACUUUAUUCCUCAAAUCAACCCUCCCGCUCUGGAGUCUCUGCUGUUGGACUACGCUGCUCAUGACCAGAAGCUCCAGAUGGAGCUUUCGAUGAACGGCUUUCCACGGGGUGAUCAGUCUCGCAAGAGGGCCAACGAUGACUGAUGAUAGGAAGGCGGGCAUUUGCACUUAUCCGGCCCAAUGGCAUCGCUGUUCCGUAUGAAAGGUACCCACACGGAACGGUCCAGACUUAGACGACUUCUGAUGUAGCAUCUGAGGCGCGUCAGACUCGGGCCGGAGGUUGUAUGAAAGGGAAAAGCGGAAAGCCGGGGUCAGGAUGUAAAUGGCUUCUCCUGUGCGUCACAUCAGACUGUAGAAAGGACGACGACAUGCCAUGCCGCGUGUGAACAAACGCACGUGUUUCUUCAGUGGUUGGUGAAUGGCUCAGGCUCAUCAAUCUCUCUACUGUUCUGUGGGUGCCGUGUCAAACGGUGCAUUAACAGUACGUGUGUUCCUGCGCCUCCCACCUGCUGAUACUGUACAAGAGAAACUUCCCUGAAUAUCGAAACUUUUCCCCGAACAUUAGUGACACCGAUCACUGCAGUGUGAGCAGACCUGUUUUUCUAUCCAUGUCUUCUGUCUUUGUCAGAGUUGCCUUCAUUGUGUCAUUUCUGAUUUAAAAAAAAAGGAUCACAGAGCCAAUAAUGGUGAUUUUGCAUUCCUAACAUUCAUCUUGAAAAUGUCUUGCAAAAGAAUGGGCUAACAAAAGACUCGUGCUGUUGUAUACCAAACCCUUGGUUUCGCCCUCUGUGACUAUGAAGUCGGCAGCCUGAACACAGAAGAGUGGCGAGAAAUGGGAUUUAAACUGAUUCUCCAUCCUGUUGGUAUAAACAGAAUUGUUUUCCAUGACACCAAAGAGGGUUUGCGGUGAUUCGGUAAGAAUUCAAGCUAACAUUGUUAAUGAUGCAUGUUUACUUGCCUUGAGUAUACAUAUAUAUUUUUUAUACUAACUGUUUGGUUAUGUUUUUGAAAACACAACUUGAGACUGUGUGUUGUAGACUUGCAUGUAGAACUUUUGAGUCAGUCGAGUGCCAGAAGAUCUUGUCAUAAAUGUGUAAGUGUGUCAAAUCGGAAUCUUCAUACAACAACAAAAUAUAUGCAAAUGUUUCAAUGAAGUGCAGGUUGAGAUGCAAAGUCUAAAUAAAGCUUUGUGUUCAUACAUUGGCGUUCACAGGGCUGUGUGUCUCACAGCCAUUUUAGUGUAAUAAUUCACUUUGCUUUGUUACACUGUUUUAAGUGUAAUCGAGAAGCAACAAUUUGACAUGUUUUUUAAUUGUCAUUCACGUAAAUAUGAGAAUGUGAAAAACUUGUGACAUAAACCUUACAGCCAUUCACCCAUC